UUUCUUUCUCAAUCCCAUUUUUUUUCAAAAAGAAAAAUCCCCCUUCUCUAAUGUCUCAUAACACACGUACAAUUAUUACUGAAGCUUUAAAUGAGCUUGAUGACAAGCGUAUCAAGGGUAUCAAGCCUCUUAUCCCUCCUCAAAUCCUCAUGGAAGAUAUUCCUCUUACUUUAAAGGCUGCCCAAACCAUUCUUGAAGGUAGAAAGGCCGCUGAGAAUGUCAUCAAGGGUGCUGAUGAUCGUCUUUUGGUCGUUGUUGGUCCUUGCUCCAUUCAUGAUGUUAAGGCUGCUCUUGAAUACGCCAAGCUUUUGAUUGAAUAUAAUGAAACUGCCAAGGAUGAUCUUUUGAUUAUCAUGCGUGUUUACUUUGAAAAACCCAGAACUACCGUUGGCUGGAAGGGUUUGAUCAACGAUCCUUUCAUGAACAACAGUUACGAAAUUAACAAGGGUCUCCGUAUUGGCCGUCAAUUAUUGUUGGAUCUUAACGAAAUGGGUAUUCCCACUGGUUGUGAGUUCUUAGAUACCAUUUCUCCUCAAUACACUGGUGAUCUUGUUUCUUGGGGUGCUAUUGGUGCCAGAACAACCGAAUCUCAAAUUCACAGAGAGUUAGCUUCUGGUUUAUCUUGCCCUGUCGGAUUCAAAAAUGGUACUGAUGGUUCUAACGGUGUUGCUUAUGAUGCUAUUAGAGCUGCUAGCAACGGUCAUCAUUUUUUGUCCGUCACUAAACAAGGUUUGUCUGCUAUUGUUCAAACUGAAGGUAACGACGCCUGUCACGUUAUCCUUCGUGGUGGUAAGAGUGGUACCAACUUUGAUGCUGAAGCUAUUAAAAAGACAGCCGGAGAACUCCAAAAGGUCAAGUUGGCACCCGUUGUUAUGGUUGAUUGCAGUCACGGUAAUUCUUCCAAGGACCAUAACCGUCAACCUAUUGUUGCACAAUCUAUUGCUGACCAAUUAGCUGAGCCCAAGACUACUGGUGAUAACAUUGUUGGUGUCAUGAUUGAAUCUAACUUGGUUGAAGGUCGUCAAGAUAUUCCUACUGAAGGCCCUCAUCGUUUGACUUAUGGUCAAUCUAUUACAGAUGCAUGUAUCAACUGGGAUGAUACCGUCAAGACAUUAGAUGUGCUUCGUGAAGGUGUUCGCGCUAGACGUGCUGCUAGAAAAGCAUAAGUUUGAGACACGAUAAACUCCCACAAUCCCAAAAAUUAGAAUUACCUUCCAAAAAUUAUUCGUAUUUUAAUAAAUGCAUCUAUGUACAGUUUUUACUCUAAA